UCCAGGCGCUGUGCAGCCUCUCGCCAUUAAGACGCCGCGCGGAGCCACAGGCGGCAGCCCUGCUGCGCAUCCCUCGGCGUUCGACCCGUACGGACCCUCCGCAGACGGGGCAACAGCGUAAAGGCAGCCGCCAGCAGCCAAGGGCAGCCCCAAACCAAGCACGAUGGCGCUCGACGCAAUGGCGACGACGAUGAGAACGACAGAAGACGAGUUCCCCGAGUUCGCCGCUAUCACGCACGCGCGAGAAAUAGCACAAACACCAGGGCCGCCGGCCUGGGCGACCCUGAAAGUGAAAACGGGACACGCGCCCAAGCCGAAAGUCGACCGCGCCUACGUGCCGCCACCGCUGCCGUCGAUGGCGGCGUACCGGUUCGCGCGGCACCAGGAGCUCUGGAAACGAAGUGAACCUGAACGGUUGGGUUAUGAGAGGCUACGGAGGAAGCGGAUGGAGGCCGACGCCGCGGAUCGGAAACAGACGCUCUACUGGGGCAAGGUGUCGCUCGGACGGGCCCAGGCGGCGCCUCGAGAUUUUUGGAGGAAGGGCCCCUACAAGAAGGGGCCCACGCGGUCGUCUUCUACGAUGGACGGCCCGGCAGACUUGGGUGGAGAAGCGGUUCUCGAUUGGAGUGAGAUGGCCGACGUGUGCUAUGACAUCGUAACGGGCGGCGCCACGGGCGGUGCGAACAAGGCCCAAGUGGCCAAGAGGUUAAAUGACAUGCGGGUGCGGCCCGCGAAGAAUAUAUAUGAAUACUUGAGGAUGCCUCCUUCGCGAAAGACCUUCGUGCCGUCUCCUAGGAAAAAGGCUCAGACCGAGGCAUCGGAAGUAGACGAGUGGGCCGAUUACGAGCACGAACAGCCCGGUGCAGCCACUCCUUAUGUCUUAGAAGGCGCUUUUGAUGAGAAAUUUCCGGACAACGGGCGACGACGGCACUUCGAGGCGUUGGCGCAUUUGAUCGCUUCGCGGCCCGUGAAACUCCCGGAGGACUCCGUCCAAGAAGCCGCGUGGGAGUACGACAUGGACAUCAAGAGUGUCCAGUCGCACGAGACGCAGUCGCGGCCGAUCAAUGCAUAUAGAGAUGAAAGCGGUCGCUUGGCCGUGACGGACUGGCAAUUACUAGCCCAGGACGGCAGCUACGUGCCGGCGGGCACGGAGCCGCCCCGCAAGGACUUUGGCACCGAUCUCAAGCUGCCGUCCCAAGUGCCGUCCAGGCCGCUGAAGGUGAAUUACGGGUUGACGGCGCAGCAGGCGAAGCGAUUGGGGACGGCGGAGCGGCACGAGGCCGUGUGGAAAGCGAUCCGGAAGAGCUCGCAGCUCCACGCGCCGGCGGUGCUCUCCAAAGAAUUCCACAAGUGCGUCCGCAUGCGCGCAGAUUUAGAUUAUAUGAUCGCGCCGCACCGGAAGCGGCCGAGCCGCGCGAGCAUCGGCUCCUUCGAGCAGAGGUAAGUUGUUUUUUAGGUU